AUGACAGGAACAUCUUUAACAGAACCACCAGCAGCUGGUGAAAUAACAACAACAAUAGAAGAUAAUACAAUAUAUUUGACACAGAAAACAACACAAGAAAAAAGUGCAACAACUCCAUUUUUACCAUCAGCAAAAACACUGGAGACACCAACAGAGACAACAACUCCAUCAACAGAGCCACUAACAAAAUCACACCCAGAAACAACAUCCAGAGACAGUACAACAGAAACAAAAUCUUUAGCAUUAACUGAACAAAGUUCUGCAGUGGAAACUACCACAGUAUUAACACAGCAGUCGACAAGCAAAUCAUUUGCAACUUCAGAAUUAAAAUCAGAAACAUCAAUUAUAGCAGAGACAAGUCCAACAACAUUGAUGUUACCUACAAUGAAGACUAGUACAGCAACCACAGACGUUCCAACAACAACAGAGCCCAUUAUUACAUUAGCAAUAACAUCUUUGACAACAGAAACCAUUUCAGAAGAGACAAGCACAACAUCAGCAUUACCAACAUCAAAACUCUUGGUAACUGCAACAAAAAUUACAUCAUCGACAACACCACCAGCAUUAACUGAAACACUGGCUAAAGUAAAUGCAACUACGGGAUCAAUGUUACUAUCAUCAGCACAAUCGCCAACUACAGCAGACAUUCCACCAACAACAAAAACCCUGGACACUACAACAAUUGCAGUGACGACACUUAACAAAGCAACAUCCUUGGCAUCAACAGAAAAAAUUACUACAUUGGAAACAAGUACAGCAACAACAGUGGUUCCAACAACAAGAGAGCCCAUUGCCACAACAGGAAUGUUAUCAUUAACAACAGAAACCACAGCAGAAGAAACAAGCACAACAUCUGCAUUGCCAACAAUUAAUCAAUUGGUAACCGAAACAAAGAAAAUGUAUUUUACAACCCCACUAGCAUUAACUGAAAUAUUGACUACAGUACAAAAAACUACAUCAACAUUGAUAUUGUCGACAGAAUCAACAGCUACAGCAGAGAUAACAACCACAACAACAAUCCCACCAACAACAAAAACACUAGAAACUACAACAAACGCAAAACCACCAACAAUAGCUUUAAUUAACACAGAAAUAACCACAACUUUAUUACCACCAACAACAAAAUACCCAGAAACAACACUGAAUGAAGCAACAUCCUUGGCAUCAACAGAAAAAAUGACUACAUUGGAGCCUAGUACAGCAACAACAGUGAUUCCAACAACAGAGCCCAUUGCCACAACAGGAAUGUCAUCAUUAACUUUAGAAACCACUGAAGAAGAGACAAGCACAUCAGCAUUGUCAACAUUUAAACCCUCGGUAACUGAAACAAAGACAACAUCUUUUACAACACCACAAGCAUUAACUGAAAAAUUAACUACAGUACAGCAAACUACAUCGGCAUUGCUAUCGUCAACAGAAUCAACAGCUGCAGCAGACAUAACAACCACAACAACAAUCCCACCAAAAACAAAAACAUUAGAAACUUCAACAAAUGCAAAACCACCAACAACAGCUUCAAUUAACACAGAAAUAGUCACAACUUUAUUACCACCAACACUGAAAUACCCAGAGACUACACUGAAUGAAGCAACAUCCUUGGAAUCAACAGAACAAAUUACUACAUUGGAGACUAGUACAGCAACAACAGCGAUUCCAACAACAGAGCUCAUUGCCACAACAGGAAUCUCAUUAUUAACUUUAGAAACCACUGAAGAAGAGACAAGCUCAUCAGCAAUGUCAACAUUUAAACCCUUGGUAACUGAAACAAAGACAACAUCUUUUACAACACCACAAGCAUUAACCCAAAAAUUUACUACAGUACAGCAAACUACAUCGGCAUUGCUAUCGUCAACAGAAUCAACAGCUACAGCAGACAUAACAACCACAACAACAAUCCCACCAACAACAAAAACACUAGAAACUACAGCGAAAGCAAAACCACCAACAACAGCUUCAAUUAACACAGAAAUAAUCACAACUUUAUUACCACCAACAACGAAAUACCCAGAGACUACACUGAAUGAAGCAACAGCCUUGGCAUCAACAGAAAAAAUUACUACAUUGGAGCCUAGUACAGCAACAACAGUGAUCCCAAAAACAGAGCCCAUUGCCACAACAGGAAUGUCAUCAUUAACUUUAGAAACCACUGCAGAAGAGACAAGCACAUCAGCAUUGUCAACAUUUAAACCCUCGGUAACUGAAACAAAGACAACAUAUUUUACAACACCACAAGCAUUAACUGAAAAAUUAACUACAGUACAGCAAACUACAUCGGCAUUGCUAUCGUCAACAGAAUCAACAGCUGGAGCAGACAUAACAACCACAACAACAAUCCCACCAAAAACAAAAACAUUAGAAACUUCAACAAAUGCAAAACCACCAACAACAGCUUCAAUUAACACAGAAAUAAUCACAACUUUAUUACCACCAACAAUGAAAUACCCAGAGACUACACUGAAUGAAGCAACAUCCUUGGCAUCGACAGAAAAAAUUACUACAUUGGAGACUAGUACAGCAACAACAGUGAUUCCAACAACAGAGUCCAUUGCCACAACAGGAAUUUCAUCAUUAACAUUAGAAACCACUGCAGAAGAGACAAGCUCAUCAGCAUUGUCAACAUUUAAACCCUCGGUAACUGAAACAAAGACAACAUCUUUUACAACACCACAAGCAUUAACUGAAAAAUUAACUACAGUACAGCAAACUACAUCGGCAUUGCUAUCGUCAACAGAAUCAACAGCUGCAGCAGACAUAACAACCACAACAACAAUCCCACCAAAAACAAAAACAUUAGAAACUUCAACAAAUGCAAAACCACCAACAACAGCUUCAAUUAACACAGAAAUAGUCACAACUUUAUUACCACCAACACUGAAAUACCCAGAGACUACACUGAAUGAAGCAACAUCCUUGGAAUCAACAGAACAAAUUACUACAUUGGAGACUAGUACAGCAACAACAGCGAUUCCAACAACAGAGCUCAUUGCCACAACAGGAAUCUCAUUAUUAACUUUAGAAACCACUGAAGAAGAGACAAGCUCAUCAGCAAUGUCAACAUUUAAACCCUUGGUAACUGAAACAAAGACAACAUCUUUUACAACACCACAAGCAUUAACCCAAAAAUUUACUACAGUACAGCAAACUACAUCGGCAUUGCUAUCGUCAACAGAAUCAACAGCUACAGCAGACAUAACAACCACAACAACAAUCCCACCAACAACAAAAACACUAGAAACUACAGCGAAAGCAAAACCACCAACAACAGCUUCAAUUAACACAGAAAUAAUCACAACUUUAUUACCACCAACAACGAAAUACCCAGAGACUACACUGAAUGAAGCAACAGCCUUGGCAUCAACAGAAAAAAUUACUACAUUGGAGCCUAGUACAGCAACAACAGUGAUCCCAAAAACAGAGCCCAUUGCCACAACAGGAAUGUCAUCAUUAACUUUAGAAACCACUGCAGAAGAGACAAGCACAUCAGCAUUGUCAACAUUUAAACCCUCGGUAACUGAAACAAAGACAACAUAUUUUACAACACCACAAGCAUUAACUGAAAAAUUAACUACAGUACAGCAAACUACAUCGGCAUUGCUAUCGUCAACAGAAUCAACAGCUGGAGCAGACAUAACAACCACAACAACAAUCCCACCAAAAACAAAAACAUUAGAAACUUCAACAAAUGCAAAACCACCAACAACAGCUUCAAUUAACACAGAAAUAAUCACAACUUUAUUACCACCAACAAUGAAAUACCCAGAGACUACACUGAAUGAAGCAACAUCCUUGGCAUCGACAGAAAAAAUUACUACAUUGGAGACUAGUACAGCAACAACAGUGAUUCCAACAACAGAGUCCAUUGCCACAACAGGAAUUUCAUCAUUAACAUUAGAAACCACUGCAGAAGAGACAAGCUCAUCAGCAUUGUCAACAUUUAAACCCUCGGUAACUGAAACAAAGACAACAUCUUUUACAACACCACAAGCAUUAACUGAAAAAUUAACUACAGUACAGCAAACUACAUCGGCAUUGCUAUCGUCAACAGAAUCAACAGCUGCAGCAGACAUAACAACCACAACAACAAUCCCACCAAAAACAAAAACAUUAGAAACUUCAACAAAUGCAAAACCACCAACAACAGCUUCAAUUAACACAGAAAUAGUCACAACUUUAUUACCACCAACACUGAAAUACCCAGAGACUACACUGAAUGAAGCAACAUCCUUGGAAUCAACAGAACAAAUUACUACAUUGGAGACUAGUACAGCAACAACAGCGAUUCCAACAACAGAGCUCAUUGCCACAACAGGAAUCUCAUUAUUAACUUUAGAAACCACUGAAGAAGAGACAAGCUCAUCAGCAAUGUCAACAUUUAAACCCUUGGUAACUGAAACAAAGACAACAUCUUUUACAACACCACAAGCAUUAACCCAAAAAUGUACUACAGUACAGCAAACUACAUCGGCAUUGCUAUCGUCAACAGAAUCAACAGCUACAGCAGACAUAACAACCACAACAACAAUCCCACCAACAACAAAAACACUAGAAACUACAGCAAAAGCAAAACCACCAACAACAGCUUCAAUUAACACAGAAAUAAUCACAACUUUAUUACCACCAACAACGAAAUACCCAGAGACUACACUGAAUGAAGCAACAGCCUUGGCAUCAACAGAAAAAAUUACUACAUUGGAGCCUAGUACAGCAACAACAGUGAUCCCAAAAACAGAGCCCAUUGCCACAACAGGAAUGUCAUCAUUAACUUUAGAAACCACUGCAGAAGAGACAAGCACAUCAGCAUUGUCAACAUUUAAACCCUCGGUAACUGAAACAAAGACAACAUAUUUUACAACACCACAAGCAUUAACUGAAAAAUUAACUACAGUACAGCAAACUACAUCGGCAUUGCUAUCGUCAACAGAAUCAACAGCUGGAGCAGACAUAACAACCACAACAACAAUCCCACCAAAAACAAAAACAUUAGAAACUUCAACAAAUGCAAAACCACCAACAACAGCUUCAAUUAACACAGAAAUAAUCACAACUUUAUUACCACCAACAAUGAAAUACCCAGAGACUACACUGAAUGAAGCAACAUCCUUGGCAUCGACAGAAAAAAUUACUACAUUGGAGACUAGUACAGCAACAACAGUGAUUCCAACAACAGAGUCCAUUGCCACAACAGGAAUUUCAUCAUUAACAUUAGAAACCACUGCAGAAGAGACAAGCUCAUCAGCAUUGUCAACAUUUAAACCCACGGAAACUGAAACAAAGACAACAUUUUUUACAACACCACAAGCAUUAACCGAAAAAUUUACUACAGUACAGCAAACUACAUCAGCAUUGCUAUUGUCGAAAGAAUCAACAGCUACAGCAGAGAUAAUGACCACAACAACAAUCCCACCAACAACAAAAACACUAGAAACUACAACAAACGCAAAACCACCAACAAUAGCUUCAAUUAACACAGAAACAAUCACAACUUUAUUACCACCAACAACAAAAUACCAAGAGACUACACUGAAUGAAGCAACAUCCUUGGCAUCAAGAGAAAAAAUUACUACAUUGGAGACUAGUACAGCAGCAACAGUGAUCCCAAUAACAGAGCCCAUUGCCACAACAGGAAUGUCAUCAUUAACAUCAGAAACCACUGCAGAAGAGACAAGCUCAUCAGCAUUGUCAACAUUUAAACCCUGGGUAACUGAAACAAAGACAACAUCUUUUACAACACCACGAGGAUUGACCGAAAAAUUUACUACAGUACAACAAACUACAUCAGCAUUGCUAUCGUCGACAGAAUCAACAGCUACAGCAGAGAUAACAACCAUAACAUCAAGCCCACCAACAACAAAAACACUAGAAACUACAGCAAAAGCAAAACCACCAACAACAGCUUCAAUUAACACAGAAAUAAUCACAACUUUAUUACCACCAACAACAAAAUACCCAGAGACUACACUGAAUGAAGCAACAUCCUUGGCAUCAACAGAAGAAAUUACUACAUUGGAGACUAGUACAGCAACAAUAGUGAUUCCAACAACAGAGUCCAUUGCCACAACAGGAAUGUCAUAUUUUACAACACCACAAGCAUUAGCUGAAACAUUUACUACAGUACAUCAAACUACAUCAGCAUUGCUAUCGUCGACAGAAUCAACAGCUACAGCAGAGAUAACAACCACAACAAGAAUCCCACCAACAACAAAAACACUAGAAAUUACCACAAACGCAAAAACACCAACAACAGCUUCAAUUGACACAGAAGUAAUCACAACUUUAUUACCACCAACAACGAAAUACCCAGAGACAACACUUAAUGACGCAACAUCCUUGGCAUCAACAGAAAAAAUUACUACAUUGGAGACUAGUACAGCAACAACAGUGAUCCCAACAACAGAGCCCAUUGCCACAACAGGAAUGUCAUCAUUAACUUUAGAAACCACUGCAGAAGAGACAAGCACAUCAGCAUUGUCAACAUUUAAACCCUCGGUAACUGAAACAAAGACAACAUCUUUUACAACACCACAAGCAUUAACUGAAAAAUUAACUACAGUACAGCAAACUACAUCGGCAUUGCUAUCGUCAACAGAAUCAACAGCUACAGCAGUUAUAACAACCACAACAACAAUGCCACCAAAAACAAAAACAUUAGAAACCACAACAAAUGCAAAACCACCAACAACAGCUUCAAUUAACACAGAAAUAAUCACAACUUUAUUACCACCAACAAUGAAAUACCCAGAGACUACACUGAAUGAAGCAACAUCCUUGCAAUUAACAGAACAAAUUACUACAUUGGAGACUAGUACAGCAACAACAGGGAUUCCAACAACAGAGCCCAUUGCCACAACAGGAAUCUCAUCAUUAACAUCAGAAACCACUGAAGAAGAGACAAGCUCAUCAGCAUUGUCAACAUUUAAACCCUUGGUAACUGAAACAAAGACAACAUCUUUUACAACACCACAAGCAUUAACCCAAAAAUUUACUACAGUACAGCAAACUACAUCGGCAUUGCUAUCGUCGACAGAAUCAACAGCUACAGCAGACAUAACAACCACAACAACAAUCCCACCAACAACAAAAACACUAGAAACUACAGCAAAAGCAAAACCACCAACAACAGCUUCAAUUAACACAGAAAUAAUCACAACUUUAUUACCACCAACAACGAAAUACCCAGAGACUACACUGAAUGAAGCAACAUCCUUGGCAUCGACAGAAAAAAUUACUACAUUGGAGACUAGUACAGCAACAACAGUGAUUCCAACAACAGAGUCCAUUGCCACAACAGGAAUGUCAUCAUUAACAUCAGAAACCACUGCAGAAGAGACAAGCUCAUCAGCAUUGUCAACAUUUAAACCCUCGGUAACUGAAACAAAGACAACAUUUUUUACAACACCACAAGCAUUAACCGAAAAAUUUACUACAGUACAGCAAACUACAUCAGCAUUGCUAUUGUCGAAAGAAUCAACAGCUACAGCAGAGAUAAUGACCACAACAACAAUCCCACCAACAGCAAAAACACUAGAAACUACAACAAACUCAAAACCACCAACAAUAGCUUCAAUUAACACAGAAACAAUCACAACUUUAUUACCACCAACAACGAAAUACCAAGAGACUACACUGAAUGAAGCAACAUCCUUGGCAUCAACAGAAAAAAUUACUACAUUGGAGACUAGUACAGCAACAACAGUGAUCCCAAUAACAGAGCCCAUUGCCACAACAGGAAUGUCAUCAUUAACAUCAGAAACCACUGCAGAAGAGACAAGCUCAUCAGCAUUGUCAACAUUUAAACCCUGGGUAACUGAAACAAAGACAACAUCUUUUACAACACCACGAGGAUUGACCGAAAAAUUUACUACAGUACAACAAACUACAUCAGCAUUGCUAUCGUCGACAGAAUCAACAGCUACAGCAGAGAUAACAACCAUAACAUCAAGCCCACCAACAACAAAAACACUAGAAACUACAGCAAAAGCAAAACCACCAACAACAGCUUCAAUUAACACAGAAAUAAUCACAACUUUAUUACCACCAACAACAAAAUACCCAGAGACUACACUGAAUGAAGCAACAUCCUUGGCAUCAACAGAAGAAAUUACUACAUUGGAGACUAGUACAGCAACAAUAGUGAUUCCAACAACAGAGUCCAUUGCCACAACAGGAAUGUCAUCUUUUACAACACCACAAGCAUUAGCUGAAACAUUUACUACAGUACAUCAAACUACAUCAGCAUUGCUAUCGUCGACAGAAUCAACAGCUACAGCAGAGAUAACAACCACAACAAGAAUCCCACCAACAACAAAAACACUAGAAAUUACCACAAACGCAAAAACACCAACAACAGCUUCAAUUGACACAGAAGUAAUCACAACUUUAUUACCACCAACAACGAAAUACCCAGAGACAACACUUAAUGACGCAACAUCCUUGGCAUCAACAGAAAAAAUUACUACAUUGGAGACUAGUACAGCAACAACAGUGAUCCCAACAACAGAGCCCAUUGCCACAACAGGAAUGUCAUCAUUAACUUUAGAAACCACUGCAGAAGAGACAAGCACAUCAGCAUUGUCAACAUUUAAACCCUCGGUAACUGAAACAAAGACAACAUCUUUUACAACACCACAAGCAUUAACUGAAAAAUUAACUACAGUACAGCAAACUACAUCGGCAUUGCUAUCGUCAACAGAAUCAACAGCUACAGCAGUUAUAACAACCACAACAACAAUGCCACCAAAAACAAAAACAUUAGAAACCACAACAAAUGCAAAACCACCAACAACAGCUUCAAUUAACACAGAAAUAAUCACAACUUUAUUACCACCAACAAUGAAAUACCCAGAGACUACACUGAAUGAAGCAACAUCCUUGCAAUUAACAGAACAAAUUACUACAUUGGAGACUAGAAUCUCAUCAUUAACAUCAGAAACCACUGAAGAAGAGACAAGCUCAUCAGCAUUGUCAACAUUUAAACCCUUGGUAACUGAAACAAAGACAACAUCUUUUACAACACCACAAGCAUUAACCCAAAAAUUUACUACAGUACAGCAAACUACAUCGGCAUUGCUAUCGUCGACAGAAUCAACAGCUACAGCAGACAUAACAACCACAACAACAAUCCCACCAACAACAAAAACACUAGAAACUACAGCAAAAGCAAAACCACCAACAACAGCUUCAAUUAACACAGAAAUAAUCACAACUUUAUUACCACCAACAACGAAAUACCCAGAGACUACACUGAAUGAAGCAACAUCCUUGGCAUCGACAGAAAAAAUUACUACAUUGGAGACUAGUACAGCAACAACAGUGAUUCCAACAACAGAGUCCAUUGCCACAACAGGAAUGUCAUCAUUAACAUCAGAAACCACUGCAGAAGAGACAAGCUCAUCAGCAUUGUCAACAUUUAAACCCUCGGUAACUGAAACAAAGACAACAUUUUUUACAACACCACAAGCAUUAACCGAAAAAUUUACUACAGUACAGCAAACUACAUCAGCAUUGCUAUCGUCGAAAGAAUCAACAGCUACAGCAGAGAUAAUGACCACAACAACAAUCCCACCAACAGCAAAAACACUAGAAACUACAACAAACUCAAAACCACCAACAAUAGCUUCAAUUAACACAGAAACAAUCACAACUUUAUUACCACCAACAACGAAAUACCAAGAGACUACACUGAAUGAAGCAACAUCCUUGGCAUCAACAGAAAAAAUUACUACAUUGGAGACUAGUACAGCAACAACAGUGAUCCCAACAACAGAGCCCAUUGCCACAACAGGAAUGUCAUCAUUAACAUCAGAAACCACUGCAGAAGAGACAAGCUCAUCAGAAUUGUCAACAUUUAAACCCUGGGUAACUGAAACAAAGACAACAUCUUUUACAACACCACAAGGAUUGACCGAAAAAUUUACAACAGUACAACAAACUACAUCAGCAUUGCUAUCGUCGACAGAAUCAACAGCUACAGCAUACAUAACAACCACAACAACAAUCCCACCAACAACAAAAUCACUAGAAAUUACCACAAACGCAAAAACACCAACAACAGCUUCAAUUGACACAGAAAUAAUCACAACUUUAUUACCACCAACAACGAAAUACCCAGAGACUACACUGAAUGAAGCAACAUCCUUGGCAUCGACAGAAAAAAUUACUACAUUGGAGACUAGUACAGCAACAACAGUGAUUCCAACAACAGAGUCCAUUGCCACAACAGGAAUGUCAUCAUUAACAUCAGAAACCACUGCAGAAGAGACAAGCUCAUCAGCAUUGUCAACAUUUAAACCCUCGGUAACUGAAACAAAGACAACAUUUUUUACAACACCACAAGCAUUAACCGAAAAAUUUACUACAGUACAGCAAACUACAUCAGCAUUGCUAUUGUCGAAAGAAUCAACAGCUACAGCAGAGAUAAUGACCACAACAACAAUCCCACCAACAGCAAAAACACUAGAAACUACAACAAACUCAAAACCACCAACAAUAGCUUCAAUUAACACAGAAACAAUCACAACUUUAUUACCACCAACAACGAAAUACCAAGAGACCACACUGAAUGAAGCAACAUCCUUGGCAUCAACAGAAAAAAUUACUACAUUGGAGACUAGUACAGCAACAACAGUGAUCCCAACAACAGAGCCCAUUGCCACAACAGGAAUGUCAUCAUUAACAUCAGAAACCACUGCAGAAGAGACAAGCUCAUCAGAAUUGUCAACAUUUAAACCCUGGGUAACUGAAACAAAGACAACAUCUUUUACAACACCACAAGGAUUGACCGAAAAAUUUACAACAGUACAACAAACUACAUCAGCAUUGCUAUCGUCGACAGAAUCAACAGCUACAGCAUACAUAACAACCACAACAACAAUCCCACCAACAACAAAAUCACUAGAAAUUACCACAAACGCAAAAACACCAACAACAGCUUCAAUUGACACAGAAAUAAUCACAACUUUAUUACCACCAACAACGAAAUACCCAGAGACAACACUUAAUGAAGCAACAUCCUUGGCAUCAACAGAAAAAAUUACUACAUUGGAGACUAGUACAGCAACAACAGUGAUCCCAACAACAGAGCCCAUUGCCACAACAGGAAUGUCAUCAUUAACAUCAAAAACCACUGCAGAAGAGACAAGCUCAUCAGCAUUGUCAACAUUUAAUCCCUUGGUAACUGAAACAAAGACAACAUCUUUUACAACACCACAAGGAUUGACCGAAAAAUUUACUACAGUACAGCAAACUACAUCAGCAUUGCUAUUGUCGACAGAAUCAACAGCUACAGCAGAGAUAGCAACCACAACAACAAUCCCACCACCAACAAUAACACUAGAAACUACAACAAACGCAAAAACACCAACAACAGCUUCAAUUAACACAGAAAUAAUCACAACUUUAUUACCACCAACAACAAAAUACCCAGAGACUACACUGAAUGAAGCAACAUCCUUAGCAUCAACAGAAAAGAGUACUACAUUAGAGACUAGUACAGCAACAACAGUGAUUCCAACAAAAGAGUCCAUUGCCACAACAGGAAUGUCAUCAUUAACUUUAGAAACCACUGCAGAAGCGACAAGCUCAUCAGCAUUGUCAACAUUAAAACCCUCGGUAACUGAAACAAAGACAACAUUUUUUACAACACCACAAGCAUUAACCGAAAAAUUUAAUACAGUACAGCAAACUACAUCGGCAUUGCUAUUGUCGAAAGAAUCAACAGCUACAACAGACAUUACAACCACAACAACAAUCCCACCACCAACAAAAACACUAGAAAUUACCACAAACACAAAAUCACCAACAACAGCUUCAAUUGACACAGAAAUAAUCACAACUUUAUUACCACCAACAACGAAAUACCCAGAGACAACACUUAAUGAAGCAACAUCCUUGGCAUCAACAGAACAAAUUGCUACAUUGGAGACUAGUACAGCAACAACAGUGAUCCCAACAAAAGAGCCCAUUGCCACAACAGGAAUGUCAUCAGUAACAUCAGAAACCACUGCAGAAGAGACAAGCUCAUCAGCAUUGUCAACAUUUAAACCCUGGGUAACUGAAACAAACACAACAUCUUUUACAACACCACAAGGAUUGACUGAAAAAUUUACUACAGUACAACAAACUAUAUCAGCAUUGCUAUUGUCGACAGAAUCAACAGCUACAGCAGAGAUAACAACCGCAACAACAAUCCCACCAACAACAAAAACAUUAGAAACUACAACAAAUUCAAAACCCCCAACAACAGCUUCAAUUAACACAGAAAUAAUCACAACGUUAUUACCACCAACAACAAAAAACACAGAGACUACACUCAAUGAAGCAACAUCCUUGGCAUCAACAGAACAAAUUACUACAUUGGAGACUAGUAGAGCAACAACAGUGAUUCCAACAACAGAGCCCAUUGCCACAACAGAAAUGUCAUCAUUAACAUCAGAAACCACUGCAGAAGAGACAAGUUCAUCAGCAUUGUCAACAUUUAAACCCUUGGUAACUGAAACAAAGACAACAUCUUUUACAACACCACAAGGAUUGACCGACAAAUUUACUACAGUACAGCAAACUACAUCAGCAUUGCUAUUGUCAAAAGAAUCAACAGCUACCGCAGAGAUAAUGACCACAACAACAAUCCCACCAACAGCAAAAACACUAGAAACUACAACAAACGCAAAACCACCAACAACAGCUUCAAUUAACACAGAAACAAUCACAACUUUAUUACCACCAACAACGAAAUACCAAGAGACUACACUGAAUGAAGCAACAUCCUUGGCAUCAACAGAAAAAAAUACUACAUUGGAGACUAGUACAGCAACAACAGUGAUUCCAACAACAGAGUCCAUUGCCACAACAGGAAUGUCAUCAUUAACAUCAGAAACCACUGCAGAAGAGACAAGAUCAUCAGCAUUGUCAACAUUUAAACCCUUGGUAACUGAAACAAAGACAACAUCUUUUACAACACCACAAGCAUUAGCUGAAACAUUUACUACAGUACAGCACACUACAUCAGCAUUGCUAUCGUCGACAGAAUCACCAGCUACAGCAGACAUAACAACCACAACAACAAUCCCACCAACAACAAAAACACUAGAAAUUACCACAAAUGCAAAAACACCAACAACAGCUUCAAUUGACACAGAAAUAAUCACAACUUUAUUACCACCAACAACAAAAUACCCAGAGACAACACCUAAUGAAGCAACAUCCUUGGCAUCAACAGAAAAAAUUACUACAUUGGAGACUAGUACAGCAACAACAGUGAUCCCAACAACAGAGCCCAUUGCCACAACAGGAAUGUCAUCAUUAACAUCAGAAACCACUGCAGAAGAGACAAGCUCAUCAGCAUUGUCAACAUUUAAACCCUUGGUAACUGAAACAAAGACAACAUUUUUUACAACACCACAAGGAUUGACCGAAAAAUUUACUACAGUACAGCAAACUACAUCAGCAUUGCUAUUGUCGACAGAAUCAACAGCUACAGCAGAGAUAGCAACCACAACAACAAUCCCACCACCAACAAAAACACUAGAAACUACAACAAACGCAAAAACACCAACAACAGCUUCAAUUAACACAGAAAUAAUCACCACUUUAUUACCACCAACAACAAAAUACCCAGAGACUACACUGAAUGAAGCAACAUCCUUAGCAUCAACAGAAAAAGGUACUACAUUAGAGACUAGUACAGCAACAACAGUGAUUCCAACAACAGAGCCCAUUGCCACAACAGGAAUGUCAUCAUUAACAUCAGAAACCACUGCAGAAGAGACAAGCUCAUCAGCAUUGUUAACAUUUAAACCCUUGGUAACUGAAACAAAGAGAACAUCUUUUACAACACCACAAGCAUUAGCUGAAACAUUUACUACAGUACAGCAAACUACAUCAGCAUUGCUAUCGUCGACAGAAUCAACAGCUACAGCAGACAUAACAACCACAACAACAAUCCCACCAACAACAAAAAUACUAGAAAUUACCACAAACGCAAAAACACCAACAACAGCUUCAAUUGACACAGAAAUAAUCACAACUUUAUUACCACCAACAACGAAAUACCCAGAGACAACACUUAAUGAAGCAACAUCCUUGGCAUCAACAGAACAAAUUACUACAUUGGAGACUAGUACAGCAACAACAGUGAUCCCAACAACAGAGCAAAUGGCCACAACAGGAAUGUCAUCAUUAACAUCAGAAACCACUGCAGAAGAGACAAGCCCAUCAGCAUUGUCAACAUUUAAUCCCUUGGUAACUGAAACAAAGACAACAUCUUUUACAACACCACAAGGAUUGACCGAAAAAUUUACUACAGUACAGCAAACUACAUCAGCAUUGCUAUUGUCGACAGAAUCAACAGCUACAGCAGAGAUAGCAACCACAACAACAAUCCCACCACCAACAAAAACACUAGAAACUACAACAAACGCAAAAAUACCAACAACAGCUUCAAUUAACACAGAAAUAAUCACAACUUUAUUACCACCAACAACAAAAUACCCAGAGACUACACUGAAUGAAGCAACAUCCUUAGCAUCAGCAGAAAAGAGUACUACAUUAGAGACUAGUACAGCAACAACAGUGAUUCCAACAAAAGAGUCCAUUGCCACAACAGGAAUGUCAUCAUUAACUUUAGAAACCACUGCAGAAGCGACAAGCUCAUCAGCAUUGUCAACAUUAAAACCCUCGGUAACUGAAACAAAGACAACAUUUUUUACAACACCACAAGCAUUAACCGAAAAAUUUAAUACAGUACAGCAAACUACAUCGGCAUUGCUAUUGUCGAAAGAAUCAACAGCUACAGCAGACAUAACAACCACAACAACAAACCCACCAACAACAAAAACACUAGAAAUUACCACAAAAGCAAAAACACCAACAACAGCUUCAAUUGACACAGAAAUAAUCACAACUUUAUUACCACCAACAAUGAAAUACUCAGAGACAACACUUAAUGAAGCAACAUCCUUGGCAUCAACAGAACAAAUUACUACAUUGGAGACUAGUACAGCAACAACAGUGAUCCCAACAACAGAGCCCUUUGCCACAACAGGAAUGUCAUCAGUAACAUCAGAAACCACUGCAGAAGAGACAAGCUCAUCAGCAUUGUCAACAUUUAAACCCUGGGUAACUGAAACAAAAACAUCUUUUACAACACCACAAGGAUUGACUGAAAAAUUUACUACAGUACAACAAACUACAUCAGAAUUGCUAUCGUUGACAGAGUCAACAGCCACAGCAGAGAUAACAACCACAACAUCAAGCCCACCAACAACAAAAACACUAGAAACUACAGCAAAAGCAAAACCACCAACAACAGCUUCAAUUAACACAGAAAUAAUCACAACUUUAUUACCACCAACAACGAAAUACACAGAGACUACACUGAAUGAAGCAACAUCCUUGGCAUCGACAGAAAAAAUUACUACAUUGGAGACUAGUACAGCAACAACAGUGAUUCCAACAACAGAGUCCAUUGCCACAACAGGAAUGUCAUCAUUAACAUCAGAAACCACUGCAGAAGAGACAAGCUCAUCAGCAUUGUCAACAUUUAAACCCUCUGUAACUGAAACAAAGACAACAUUUUUUACAACACCACAAGCAUUAACCGAACAAUUUACUACAGUACAGCAAACUACAUCAGCAUUGCUAUUGUCAAAAGAAUCAACAGCUACAGCAGAGAUAAUGACCACAACAACAAUCCCACCAACAGCAAAAACACUAGAAACUACAACAAACGCAAAACCACCAACAAUAGCUUCAAUUAACACAGAAACAAUCACAACUUUAUUACCACCAACAACGAAAUACCAAGAGACUACACUGAAUGAAGCAACAUCCUUGGCAUCAACAGAAAAAAUUACUACAUUGGAGACUAGUACAGCAACAACAGUGAUCCCAACAACAGAGCCCAUUGCCACAACAGGAAUGUCAUCAUUAACAUCAGAAACCACUGCAGAAGAGACAAGCUCAUCAGCAUUGUCAACAUUUAAACCCUGGGUAACUGAAACAAAGACAACAUCUUUUACAACACCACAAGGAUUGACCGAAAAAUUUACAACAGUACAACAAACUACAUCAGCAUUGCUAUCGUCGACAGAAUCAACAGCUACAGCAGAGAUAACAACCAUAACAUCAAGCCCACCAACAACAAAAACACUAGAAACUACAGCAAAAGCAAAACCACCAACAACAGCUUCAAUUAACACAGAAAUAAUCACAACUUUAUUAUCACCAACAACGAAAUACCCAGAGACUACACUGAAUGAAGCAACAUCCUUGGCAUCAACAGAAAAAAUUACUACAUUGGAGCCUAGUACAGCAACAACAGUGAUCCCAACAACAGAGCCCAUUGCCACAACAGGAAUGUCAUCAUUAAAUUUAGAAACCACUGAAGAAGAGACAAGCACAUCAGCAUUGUCAACAUUUAAACCCUCGGUAACUGAAACAAAGAAAACAUCUUUUACAACACCACAAGCAUUAACUGAAAAAUUAACUACAGUACAGCAAACUACAUCGGCAUUGCUAUCGUCAACAGAAUCAACAGCUACAGCAGACAUAACAACCACAACAACAAUCCCACCAACAACAAAAACAUUAGAAACUACAACAAAUGCAAAACCACCAACAACAGCUUCAAUUAACACAGAAAUAAUCACAACGUUAUUACCACCAACAACGAAAUACCCAGAGACUACACUGAAUGAAGCAACAUCCUUGGCAUCGACAGAAAAAAUUACUACAUUGGAGACUAGUACAGCAACAACAGUGAUUCCAACAACAGAGUCCAUUGCCACAACAGGAAUGUCAUCAUUAACAUCAGAAACCACUGCAGAAGAGACAAGCUCAUCAGCAUUGUCAACAUUUAAACCCUCUGUAACUGAAACAAAGACAACAUUUUUUACAACACCACAAGCAUUAACCGAACAAUUUACUACAGUACAGCAAACUACAUCAGCAUUGCUAUUGUCAAAAGAAUCAACAGCUACAGCAGAGAUAAUGACCACAACAACAAUCCCACCAACAGCAAAAACACUAGAAACUACAACAAACGCAAAACCACCAACAAUAGCUUCAAUUAACACAGAAACAAUCACAACUUUAUUACCACCAACAACGAAAUACCAAGAGACUACACUGAAUGAAGCAACAUCCUUGGCAUCAACAGAAAAAAUUACUACAUUGGAGACUAGUACAGCAACAACAGUGAUCCCAACAACAGAGCCCAUUGCCACAACAGGAAUGUCAUCAUUAACAUCAGAAACCACUGCAGAAGAGACAAGCUCAUCAGCAUUGUCAACAUUUAAACCCUGGGUAACUGAAACAAAGACAACAUCUUUUACAACACCACAAGGAUUGACCGAAAAAUUUACAACAGUACAACAAACUACAUCAGCAUUGCUAUCGUCGACAGAAUCAACAGCUACAGCAGAGAUAACAACCAUAACAUCAAGCCCACCAACAACAAAAACACUAGAAACUACAGCAAAAGCAAAACCACCAACAACAGCUUCAAUUAACACAGAAAUAAUCACAACUUUAUUAUCACCAACAACGAAAUACCCAGAGACUACACUGAAUGAAGCAACAUCCUUGGCAUCAACAGAAAAAAUUACUACAUUGGAGCCUAGUACAGCAACAACAGUGAUCCCAACAACAGAGCCCAUUGCCACAACAGGAAUGUCAUCAUUAAAUUUAGAAACCACUGAAGAAGAGACAAGCACAUCAGCAUUGUCAACAUUUAAACCCUCGGUAACUGAAACAAAGAAAACAUCUUUUACAACACCACAAGCAUUAACUGAAAAAUUAACUACAGUACAGCAAACUACAUCGGCAUUGCUAUCGUCAACAGAAUCAACAGCUACAGCAGACAUAACAACCACAACAACAAUCCCACCAACAACAAAAACAUUAGAAACUACAACAAAUGCAAAACCACCAACAACAGCUUCAAUUAACACAGAAAUAAUCACAACGUUAUUACCACCAACAACGAAAUACCCAGAGACUACACUGAAUGAAGCAACAUCCUUGGCAUCGACAGAAAAAAUUACUACAUUGGAGACUAGUACAGCAACAACAGUGAUUCCAACAACAGAGUCCAUUGCCACAACAGGAAUGUCAUCAUUAACAUCAGAAACCACUGCAGAAGAGACAAGCUCAUCAGCAUUGUCAACAUUUAAACCCUUGGUAACUGAAACAAAGACAACAUCUUUUACAACACCACAAGCAUUAACGGAAACAUUUACUACAAUACAGCAAACUACAUUGGCAUUGCUAUCGUCGACAGAAUCAACAGCUACAGCAGACAUAUCAGCCACAACAACAAUCCCACCAACAACAAAAACACUAGAAACUACAACAAACGCAAAAACACCAACAACAGCUUCAAUUAACACAGAAAUAAUCACAACUUUAUUACUACCAACAAAGAAAUACCCAGAGACUACAAUGAAUGAAGCAACAUCCUUGAUAUCAGCAGAAAAAAUUACUAAGUUGGAGACUAGUACAGCAACAACAGUGAUUCAAACAACAGAGCCCUUUGCCACAACAGGAAUGUCAUCAUUAACAUCAGAAACCACUGCAGAAGAGAAAAGCUCACCAGCAUUGUCAACAUUAAAACCCUCGGUAACUGAAACAAAGACGACAUUUUUUACAACACCAAAAGGAUUGACCAAAAAAUUUACUACAGUACAACAAACUACAUCAGCAUUGCUAUUGUCGAAAGAAUCAACAGACACAGCAGAGAUAAUGACCACAACAACAAUCCCAUUAACAACAAAAACACUAGAAGCUACAACAAACGCAAAGCCACCAUUAGCUUCAAUUAACACAGAAAUAAUCACAACUUUAUUACCACCAACAACGAAAUACCCAGAGACUACACUGCAUGAAGCAACAUCCUUGGCAUCAACAGAAAAAAAUACUAAAUUGGAGCCUAGUACAGCAACAACAGUGAUCCCAAAAACAGAGCCCAUUGCCACAACAGGAAUGUCAUCAUUAACAUCAGAAACCACUGCAGAAGAGACAAGCUCAUCAGCAUUGUCAACAUUUAAACCCUUGGUAACUGAAACAAAGACAACCUCUUUUACAACACCACAAGGAUUGACCGAAACAUUUACUACAGUACAACAAACUACAUCAGAAUUGCUAUCGUCGACAGAAUCACCAGCUACAGCAGAGAUAACAACCAUAACAUCAAGCCCACCAACAACAAAAACACUAGAAACUACAGCAAAAACAAAACCACCAACAACAGCUUCAAUUAACACAGAAAUAAUCACAAUUUUAUUACCACCAACAACAAAAUACCCAGAGACUACACUGAAUGAAGCACCAUCCUUGGCAUCAACAGAAAAAAUUACUACAUUGGAGACUAGUACAUCAACAACAGUGAUUCCAACAACAGAUCCCAUUGCCACAACAGGAAUGUCAUCAUUAACAUCAGAAACCACUGCAGAAGAGACAAGCUCAUCAGCAUUGUCAACAUUUAAACCCUCGAUAACUGAAACAAAGACAACAUUUUUUACAAAACCAGAAGCAUUAACCGAAAAAUUGACUACAGUACAGCAAACUACAUCAGUAUUUCUAUCGUCAACAGAAUCAACAGCUACAGCAGACAUAACAACCACAACAACAGUCCCAACAACAAUAAAAACACUAGAAACUACUACAAAUGCAAAACCACCAACAGCAGCUUCAAUUAACACAGAAAUAAUCACAACUUUAUUACCACCAACAACGAAAUACCCAGAGACUACACUGAAUGAAGCAACAUCUUUGGCAUCAACAGAACAAAUUACUACAUUGGAGACUAGUACAGUAACAACAGUGAUUCAAACAACAGAGCCCAUUGCCACAACAGGAAUGUCAUCAUUAACAUCAGAAACCACUGCAGAUGAGACUAGCAAAUCAGCAUUGUCAACAUUAAAACCCUUGGUAACUGAAACAAAGACAACAUAUUUUACAACACCACAAACAUUAACCGAAAAAUUGGCUACAGUACAGAAAACUACAACAGCAUUGCUAUCAUCAACAGAAUCAACAGAUACAGCAGAGAUGACAACCACAACAUCAAUCCCACCAACAAUAAAAACACUAGAAACUACAACAAACACAAAACCCCCAACAACAGCUUCAAUUAAAACAGAAAUAGUCACAACAUUAUUACCACCAACAACGAAAUACCCAGAGACUACACUUAACAAAGCAACAUCAUUGGCAUCAACAGAAAAAAUGAUGACAAUGGAGACUAGUACAGCAACAACAGUGAUUCAAACAGAAACCACUGCAGAAGAGACAAGAACAUCAGCAUCGUCAACAUUUAAACCCUCGGUAACUGAAACAAUGACAGCAUCUUUUACAACACCACAAGCAUUAACCAAAAAAUUAACUACAGUAUAUCAAACUACAUCAGCAUUGCUAUCGUCGACAGAAUCAACAGCUACAGCAGAGAUAACAACCACAACAUCAAUCCCACCAACAAUAAGAACACUAGAAACUACAGCAAACACAAAAACACCAACAACAUCUUCAAAUAAAACAGAAACAGUCACAACAUUAUUACCACCAACAACGAAAUACCCAGAGACCUCACUAAACGAAGCACCAUUCUUGUCAUCAACAGAAACAAUUAUGACAUUGGAAACUAGUACAGCAACAACAGUGUUUCCAAUAACAAGAGAGCCUAUUAUAACAACAGGAAUGUCAUCAUUAACAACAGAAACCACUGCAAAAGAGAAAAGCACAACAUCAGCAUCGUCAACAUUUAAACCCUCAGAAACUGAAACAAAGACAACAUCUCUUAAAACACCACAAGCAUUAACCAAGAAACUGACUACAGUACAGCAAACUACAUCAGCAUUGCUAUCGUCGAGAGAAUCAACAGCUACAGCAGAGAUAACAACCACAACAUCAAUCCCACCAACAAUAAGAACACUAGAAACUACAACAAACACAAAACCCCCAACAACAGCUUCAAUUAAAACAGAAAUAGUCACAACAUUAUUACCACCAACAACGAAAUACCCAGAGACUACACUUAACGAAGCACCAUUCGUGGCAUCAACAGAGAAACUGAUGACAUUGGAAACUAGUACAGCAACAACAGUGGUUCCAAUAACAAGAGAGCCCAUUAUAACAACAGGAAUGUCAUCAUUAAAAACAGAAACCACUGCAGAAGAGACAAGCAUAACAUCAGCAUCGUCAACAUUUAAACCCUCUGUAACUGAAACAAACACAACAUAUUUUACAACACCACAAGCAUUAACCCAAAAAAUUACUACAGUACAGCAAACUACAUCAGCAUUGCUAUCGUCGACAGAAUCAACAGCUACAGCAGAGAUAACAACCACAACAUCAAUUCCACAAACAACAAAAACACUAGAAACUACAACAAUCGCAAAACCACCAACAACAGCUUCAAUUAAAACAGAAAUAAUCACAACAUUAUUACCACCAACAAAAUACCCAGAGACUACACUUAACGAAGCAACAUUCUUGGCAUCAACAGAAAAAAUUAUGAAAUUGGAAACUAGUACAGCAACAGUGGUUCCAAAAACAAGUGAGCCCAUUAUCACAACAGGAAUGUCAUCAUUAACAGAAACCACUGCAGAAGAGACAAGCACAACAUCAGCAUUGUCAACAUUAAAACCUUUGGUAACUGAGACAAAGACAAAAAAUUUUACAACACCACUAGCAUUAACUGGAAAAUUGACUACAGUACAGCAAACUACAUCAACAUUGCUAUCGUCGAUAGAAUCAACAGCUACAGCAGAGAUCACAGCCACAACAUCAAUCCCACCAACAACAAAUACAGUAGAAACUACAACAAACGCAAAACCACCAACAAUAGCUUCAAUAAAAACAGAAUUAGUCACAACAUUAUUACCACCAAUAACAAAAUACCCAGAGACUACACUGAACAAAGCAACAUUCGUGGCAUCAACAGAAAAAAAUACUACAUUAGAUUCUAGUACAGCAACAACAGUGUUUCCAAAAACAAGAGAGCCCAUUGUCACAACAGGAAUGCCAUCAUUAACAACAGAAACCACUGCAGAAGAGGCAAGCACAACAUCAGCAUUGUCAAAAUUUAAACCCUCUGUAACUGAAACCAAGACAACAUAUUUUACAACACCACAAGCAUUAACCGAAACAUUGACUACAGUACCACAAACUACAUCAACAUUGUUAUCAUUGACAGAAUCAACAGCUACAGCAGAGAUAACAACCACAACAUCAAUCCCACCAACAACAAAAACACUAGGAACUGCAGCAAAUGCAAAACCACCAACAACAGCUUCAAAUAAAACAGAAUUAGUCACAACAUUAUUACCACCAACAAGGAAAUACCCAGCGACUACACUUAACGAAGCAACAUUCUUGGCAUCAACAGAAAAAAUUAGGACAUUGGAGACUAGUACAGCAACAGCAGUGGUUCCAACAACAAGAGAGGCCAUUAUCACAACAGGAAUGUCCUCAUUAACAACAGAAACCACUGCAGAAGAGACAAGCACAUCAGCAUUGUCAACAUUUAAACCCUCGGUAACUGAAACAAAGACAACAUCUAUUUUAUCACCCCAAGCAUUAACCGAGAAAUUGACUACAGUACAGAAAACUACAUCAGCAUUGCUAUCGUCGACAGAAUCAUCAGCUACAGCAGAGAUAACAACCACAGCAUCAAUCCCACCAACAAUAAAAACACUAGAAACUACAGCAAACGCAAAACCACCAACAACAGCUUCAAAUAAAACAGAAUUAGUCACAACAUUAUUACCACCAACAAGGAAAUACCCAGCAACUACACUUAACGAAGCAACAUUCUUGGCAUCAACAGAAAAAAUUAGGACAUUGGAGACUAGUACAGCAACAGCAGUGGUUCCAACAACAAGAGAGGCCAUUAUCACAACAGGAAUGUCCUCAUUAACCUCAACAACCACAGCAUCAAUCCCACCAACAAUAAAAACACUAGAAACUACAGCAAACGCAAAACCACCAACAACAGCCUCAAUUAAAACAGAAAUGGUCACAACAUUAUUACCACCAACAAUGAAAUACCCAGAGACUACACUUAACAAAGAAACAUCCUUGGCAUCAACAGAAAAAAUUAUGACAUUGGAGACUAGUACAGCAACAACAGUGGUUCCAACAACAACAGAACCCAUUGCCACAACAGGAAUGUCAUCAUUAACAAAAGAAACCACUGCAAGCACAACAUCUGCAUUAUCAACAUUAAAUCCUUUUGUAACCAAUACAAAGACAACAUAUUUUACACCGCUAGCCUUAAAUGAAACAUUGACUACAGUACAGCAAACUACAUCAACAUUGCUAUCGUCGAUAGAAUCAACAGCUACAGCAGAGAUUACAACCACAACAUCAAUCCCACUAACAAUAAAAACACUAGAAACUACAACAAAUGCAAAACCACCAACAACAACUUCAAUUAAAACAGAAAUAGUCACAACAUUUUUACCACCAACAAUGAAAUACCAAGAGACUACACUUAACGAAGCAACAUCCUUGGCAUCAACAGAAAAAAUUACUACAUUGGAUACAAGUACAGCAACAACAGUGUUUCCAAAAACAAGAGAGCCCAUUGUCACAACAGGAAUGUCAUCAUUAAAAACAACAACCACUGCAGAAGAGACAAGCACAACAUCAGCAUCAUCAACAUUUACAGCCUCGCUAACUGAAACAAAGACAACAUCUUUUACAACACCACAAGGAUUGACCGAAAAAUUUACUACAGUACAACAAACUACAUCAGCAUUGCUAUCGUUGACAGAAUCAAUAGCUACAGCAGAGAUAACCACCACAACAAUAAUCCCACCAACAACAAAAACACUAGAAACUGCAAAACGUUUGACUAUAAGUGAGACAAGUAGAGCAAACACAGUGGUUCCAACAACAACAGGGCCUGUGACAAUGGCCACAAUAACAUCUUCUUCAACAGAAUCACUAACUGCAGCAGAAACAACCACAGAAUCAGUUCCACCAUCAACAAAAGCCCUGGAGACGUCAACAACAGUUACAUCUUUUCCAGCAAUAGCAAAGUCACUGUCCACUGCUACUACACGUUUACCAACAGAAGUCAUAGUUCCAGUGACCAAAGUACCGGUAUACCAACCUAAUGGAGCUAACACAAUCACAGCACAGACUACUAUAAGCCAAGCAUCUAGUACUCCAUCUGGUGUAAUGUCAACAGGUUUUCCAGCAGUUGUGGAUUUUACAUUCAACUUGACUUUGGUGAAUGUGACUUACAAUUCCCAGUUUCAGGAUCAGUCCUCUAAUAUCUACCGUGCCAUGUCUGCCAUCUUGCUCUUACAGAUCGAUCAGGUGUUCCGAAACACAAGCAUCGGGGCUGCAUAUACAGGAUGCAGAGACUUAAUGUUCAGCCCUGGAACGGUGCCUGAAUCUUUCAGGAUUGACUGUGUGUGCUCCUACGUUAACAACACAGUAGGCCAGAAAUUUACCAAGCAAUCAGUUUAUAAGGAAGUCUACAUCCUCACAAAUGGAAUAAAUAACUUGGCCAAAUACCGCUUGGACAAUUCCAGCCUAUAUAUUGAUGGUUAUAAUAAAUACACAGUCCCAACCACCAUUAUGCCAACGAUGCGCUUGCCAACAACAGCAUACCCACCAGACUCUACUGUUACAGUGAACUUCACUUUGACUAAUUUGAAAUAUGUCCAAGAAUUUACAAACCCAGCAUCUUCCAAAUACAUUAACACCCAGGCAAUCAUGACUACAUUGUUGAAUGCCUUAAUGAAGAAUACCAGUCUCAAAAUGUCUUUCUCUUUCUGCCAACUAAUAAGUUUGGAAAACAGUGAAGGUGACACCAAAAUCAAUGCCAACUGUUACUACCGCAGCAAGUUAUUAACCACUCCAUUUAAUACAGUGGCUUUUUACAAGGAACUGAAAAAUCUGACUUCUAAUGUGACAAAGUUGGCAAUCUACACCCUGAAUCCUAACAGCCUUUAUAUCAAUGGUUAUAAUGAGCAAGAGUUAAUAUCUCUGGUUCCAACUACAAAUCCAACCACGCCAUUGGCAGCAGUUAAUUAUUUUACUGUAAAUGUUACUAUAACUAAUCUCGCAUACACCUCUAAUAUGGGGAUACCAAACACCUCCAUAUUCAACAGCACUCGGCUUAUAAUGAAUACUGUGAUAAAUUCUGUUGUGAACCAAACCACUCUGAAAUUGUUUUCUCCAGCAUGUCAGACCAUAAGAUUUAGCUCAGCUAAUGGAGCAAGUGCCACCAAAGUGGAUGCUAUCUGCACUUAUGUCAACAGUUCUGGAGCACCUAGAUUUGAUCAAGUCGCUAUUUUCAAAGAGCUAGCGAACAAAACAAAUGGUGUCACCAGCCUAGGGAUAUAUUCCUUGGAUCCAAACAGUCUUUAUGUCAAUGGAUACAGUGAAGCAGCAUCUACAAAUCCAACCACGCCACUGGCAGUAGUUAAUUCCUUUACUGUAAAUGUUACUAUAACUAAUCUCGCAUACACCUCUAAUAUGGGGACACCAAACACCUCCAUAUUCAACAGCACCCGGCUUAUAAUGAAUACUGUGAUAAAUUCUGUUGUGAACCAAACCACUCUGAAAUUGUUUUCUCCAGCAUGUCAGAUCAUAAGAUUUAGUUUGGAUAUGAUGUGCAGCAAGAAAGACAGUUCUCUUUUCCAAAGGAUGCUAUGA